AUGAACUACUGUAUGCAAGAAAUAUAUGAAGUGCACCCAGCUGCUGGUAGCAAUUGCUACAUGCAGUCCACUGAUUAUUGCACAUAUAUCGAAGAUAAUCAGGGUUACAGCAGUUGCGAUGCUCAGGUCCUGCACAGUAACAACAUAUAUAUGGAACAGGCCUGGGCGGUGAAUCAGCCUUAUACCUGUAGUUACCCUGGAAACGUGUUUAAAAGCGAGUACUCUGACAUGGACAUGGCCCUGAAUCAGUACAACCAACCUGAAUAUUUCACCGAAGAAAAACCUACUUUUUCUCAAGUGCAGUCGCCAUCGUACUCUCAGAAGAAAGGGUAUAUACCCAGUUACUUAGACAAGGAUGAGCUAUGUGUAGUAUGUGGGGACAAAGCCACCGGAUAUCAUUAUCGCUGCAUCACUUGUGAAGGUUGCAAGGGAUUUUUCAGAAGAACCAUUCAGAAAAACCUCCAUCCAACCUAUUCCUGUAAAUAUGAAGGAAAAUGUGUGAUAGACAAAGUAACAAGAAAUCAGUGCCAGGAAUGUCGCUUCAAAAAAUGUAUCUUUGUUGGCAUGGCAACAGAUUUGGUGUUGGAUGACAGCAAGCGUCUGGCCAAGAGGAAGCUGAUAGAAGAAAAUCGAGAGAAGAGGCGUCGGGAGGAGCUGCAGAAAACAAUUGGUCACAAACCAGAACCAACGGAUGAGGAAUGGGAGCUGAUCAAAAUUGUCACCGAAGCACACGUGGCCACCAAUGCACAAGGAAGCCACUGGAAGCAGAAAAGGAAAUUUCUGCCAGAAGACAUUGGGCAAGCACCAAUAGUUAAUGCCCCAGAAGGGGGGAAAGUGGAUUUAGAAGCCUUCAGCCAGUUUACAAAAAUAAUCACACCAGCGAUUACAAGAGUGGUGGAUUUUGCCAAAAAGUUGCCUAUGUUUUGUGAGCUGCCAUGUGAAGACCAGAUCAUCCUUCUGAAAGGCUGCUGUAUGGAGAUAAUGUCCCUCCGAGCAGCAGUUCGCUAUGACCCCGAGAGUGAGACUUUAACACUGAAUGGGGAGAUGGCGGUGACAAGGGGCCAGCUGAAAAAUGGGGGUCUUGGCGUAGUGUCUGAUGCCAUUUUUGACCUGGGCAUGUCUCUUUCUUCAUUUAACCUGGAUGACACCGAGGUUGCCCUUCUCCAGGCUGUUCUGCUCAUGUCAUCAGAUCGCCCAGGCCUUGUUUGUGUCGAGAGGAUAGAAAAGUGUCAAGAGGGUUUCCUCCUGGCAUUUGAACACUACAUUAAUUACAGAAAACACCAUGUUGCACAUUUUUGGCCAAAACUGCUGAUGAAAGUGACAGAUCUGCGAAUGAUUGGAGCCUGCCAUGCCAGCCGCUUCCUGCACAUGAAGGUGGAGUGCCCCACAGAACUCUUCCCUCCAUUGUUCCUGGAGGUGUUUGAGGAUUAGAGAGACUGGAGCGGUCCUCUGCACCCCUGUCGCACUACUGGCUGUCAUUUCAUUCCAUUGCCCAGCUCUUCUCACACCUGUUUGUUCUUCUUUUGUUCUCUUCUGAUUCUUGAGAUGGGAUUGGGCUUUUGUUUGAGUUUUUCUUUGGGGUUGCUGGGGGCAGUUGUAUACACAUGGAUGAAAACAUCCCUUUCUGCUGGUACUUGUGACUAUUGCAAUUUGUUCUUCAGUCCUUUGAUGUGAAUGCUUUGACAGCUUAACAGUGAAAAUAGAAACAGACCAGUUUCAUUCACCAGCACUUGCGUGGUCACCAGCUCACAUGCAUCAUUGCUUGGAAAAUAUGGGAGAUAAAUUGAAGUGGCAGAAAAUAAAUUGGCCUCCAAGUUAAACAGCUAUUUAUAAUUUGAUCCUGGCAAUCCUGUCUGCUGUUACCUCACUUUGCAGGGUACUAGUGACCAUUUCAUGAGAUGAAAUCUCUAGUGUUUAUGGUUGUUUCUAUUGUAACGAUCACCCUUACGAUCUAGGACCUUCAUCAUUGUCAUGAUACCAUCAUUAUCUUAGGAUUGUUCCGAUGGAUGUGGUUUAACAGUGCCCCAUAAAUCAAGUAUUUAGUGUAUGCAAAGUGAGGGAAGGGACGGAAUCAUUUUUUUCCAUGUGUACGGAAGGUAAGGUUGUUUGGUUCUUACUACUCCAGGUAACUUCGCUGGAAGUUCUGUUGGGGGAAGGAGGGAGACUUGAUUCUCUGGUACGCUUUUUCCUGAGUAGGGAAGUCUGCUUUUUCUGAGGUUUGUGGUAAAUUCAGCACUCUGAAGGAGUGGGCUGUUUGUCGGAAUAGCAGAAUUUCCUAUGAGUUAUUCAGGGAUGUGAAUGAAUGAAACGUAUGGGAUGACCAUCAGAGGGAACAGAAACCAGCUGUGUUAUUGAUGACACUCAAGACUGUCCAGCUUUGUCCCGGUAGUACAAAUAGUAUUGCUUGGCAGUAAUCUUUUGUUUUAUAUAUAUAUAAAGUUUAUAUGCACGUAUAUAUAAUAUUUUAUAUAUAUAUAAUUAUGAAUCUUCAGCGGAUGUCUUAAACGUAUUUCUGUGUUUUUAUCAUCUCUCUCUCAUUCCUUCUCUUACCCUCUCCUGUGUGUGUGUAUGUGCGUUGAUCAGCUAGGUUCUCCCCUCCUCAGUGUGUGUAUGUGUUUUUUUUUGGCUAGUUUCUCACUUGAUUCCUUCACAUAAUUUAUUUCCACUAACUGCACUAGCAGAAACUGAACUGAAAGAUAGGAAGUCCAGCUGCCAAAAUCUGCGAGUCGGUACUCAGUGAUGCUGGACUGUUUGAAGCUGGUAAUGAGGGCUUUGUUGGUAGAGAGUGAUUCCUUUCUGUUAUCCAUCACCGUUCAGGGCUGUUGUCCCUGGAUUUUAUAAACUUGAUAUUAAACCGUUCUCUGAAUUUGUAUGAUACAUCAAAAGCAUUCUUCUGUUCUUCCUGGAAACUCAAGAGACCUGUUUUGCACUUCCUCAUAUCCCACAUUCUUUUGUGUUGUGCAUUCAUUUGUACCAGUUUCUGUCUCUGCUAUUCAUUGAUACAUUUGCCUGGCAACUCAGUGGGCACUGUUAGAACUGAUGUGUUGAUAUUCAAAGCUCAUGCCCCAUGUCCAAACCCAUAUGUUAUAUAUUUGUCUCCUCAUAAGAUCACGAUACUCAGGAAAAUACAUAGGUGGAGCACAGUAUCUUGUGCCAGGGAUUACGUUCUUUUCACCUCCAUUUCCCUUUAACAUUGAUGAAGUGUUUGGAGUGCUUUUGGCUCUAUCGUCAGGGUUAUGGAAUCUUGUUGUGCCUGUUCUUUGAUAUCAUAUGCACCUAUGGUGAGUGUUGAUGUUAUUCCUUAGGAGUUAUGCCCAUAAUUCCAUGAGAAUAUAAAACACAAUGGGAUGUUCAGGGCUUUUUGCAGGAACCAAGGAGGCAGGCCUUCAGAAAUAAGUCUUUAAAUGCUUGCUGAAAUUGAAGAACCUCUGUUGUGGGCUGGCUCCAUUUGCUCAAUCUCAAAAGGUGUGCUAAGAGCACAGAUUCUGUGUAGAGCAUUACAUCUUGGAGACAACAAUCAGGAAAAGUUCUAGCCUUUGGAACAAGAGAUCACACAACAAGAAAAGCUUACGUGUCUUCAGUUCUGCACAGUCUCAGAUGAGCAGCAUCUGCAGUAAGUGAAGAGUAUUAAAUAUGUGAUUUGAGGGUGGCUUGGUAGGGCACUGAUAGUAUAUGGGGAAAGCAAAAAAAAAGAAACCAGCAUCUAUACCCAAAUGGCUUUCAAGAAGUUAUCUUUUGGAGGUUUGUACUCCCAGAAUCAUGGAGUUCCUUCUGAAACCAGCCUGAGUAUCUCAUCUACUUGCUAAAUGUGAGCUUGAGUUAGUGUAAAAACUUGUAACUGUGCUGCAGAUGAGACCAAGGAGAAGGAAAGUCACUUUCACCUGGUAGAAUUCACAGUGACCUCACUGUAGGCUCCAUAGUAUUUUAUGUAUUUCUCAGAACCUCAGUUUCUUAGAGUCACACUGCUGCCUGGGAGGUUCAAUCUGUCAUUAAGAUCAACAUUUCUCAUCCUCUGGGUUAUAAAGAAAAACAGCAGCCUAAAUGUUGAGGUUGAAAGUCAAUACUCAGUGAAUACUCAGACUUCUUACUGCCUUUUAACUACUGGGGCCCAGACUACUGGCUUUUGAACACUUGGGAGUGUUGGGACUGAGUUAAUAAAAAAAUAAAGGUCAGAAGUUAGAAAAAAUGUGAGAGUUACUGGAUUGGCAUGGGGAAGCAGCGAGAGAUGAAGAAACUUGUAACACCUUGGACAGAACUGCAGCUUGAGGUAGUGCUGAGAACAAACGCUUUGCACAGGCUGGUGUAAAAAUCAUUGCUCAGACAGGAAUUUGUCUGACAAGGUUAUUAUAGCAGGUCAAGAAGUUUUAAAACACAGCCUGCACAGCUGAAUGUCUGAAUUCAAGCAUGUCAAGCUGCAUUUAGGCAUCCAAGCUCAUGGCCUGACUUCCUGAUACUGAAGCAGUUUGGGGUUGCAGCUAAUCAGGAUUCAGAAAACUGAGCAUCCUCUGUUUGAUGAUUGCAGAUGGGCCAUUAGGCAUCCAACUUGGAAAAGUUCAGCAGUCCUUUAAGCACUAAGGAUACCGUCAUUGUACUUUUCUAGCUUUUUAGAUUACGUUGGAAUCUGGUUUUGAUUAACCAAGGGGGAUUAGUAGAAUUCCUUAACAGAAGACUAAGACCAAGCUCUUCGUCUGGUAUCUAAUGACCUCUGAUCUCCUACCAGUCUUAGUCUGUGUGUCUUCGUUGACUUUCUCAGUCUGCCUCCUGAUUUACAUGAUCACAAGAGCAAAACUAGAAUCUGUGAGGAUGCUUUUGCAGUCUCUUACUGGUGAAUGCUGAACUUAGUCCUGCGAUGACUCGGGUCACUGUAGGAUGCUGCUGGAUUUACCAUCUGAGUGGCAGACAUCAGUCUGCAGGGUCUGUAGCACCUGUCCUUCUGAGGGAAACAACAGACGGCACUUUUCACUGCAGUUCAGGGUCUUGUUUCUCAUGUGCCACAUACCCUUUGUUUUUGCUUUGUGAUCUAUGCGUGGGUCUUGCAUAAGAAAUGCUUCCUAUCAACCUGAUAGUCAUCGUUUUGCCCCAAGUAACAUGCAUUUAGAUACUCAUUUCAUGUGUCAUCUCAGUUAAGUUAUGGUAUUCAUAAUGACAUACAACAUGCAUAAUAAUGAUCUUUGUUUACAUUCUGCCAAAAUGUAGGCGUUAGAGUUAGACCUCCGAGAGCCAAAACCAUCCUUGAGCAAAAUGCUUGCUUCUGCAGAGGCAGGCAUCAGAAAGUGAAAAAAAAACUGUCCAGAAUGAUCAGCUGUAUCCGAAAUCUGCCAAGACAGGGCUGUUGAUCACAAGCAGAGCAUGUCAUUGCUAGCGAUGCAUUUUUAUGCUAUGGAACUCUAACCUGUAUGCGUCAUAUUGACUUUUUGCUGCAUGAAUCAUAAAUUAUAAAAAUCAGUCCUAUGGUUUUGAGAUGUAGCCAGCAUUCCUAAGGCUAAACCUUUUUCAUUGACUGAAUCAAAAUCCACAACCAAGGAACGUACUCCUCUCACUGUGAGAGCAGUUGAAAGAGUUGAACGUUUAUCUUUUCUCAAAGGAAGAGGCAGUAGGACCUCUUGAUGUGUCUUGUUAUUGUGAUCAUCUGGAAAUGAUUGCCAGACGUUUCCUUUUGAUAUAGCGAUGAAGUGAUCCGUAUUUAAAUUUUAUAGAGAGAAAUUUUAUUCUAGUGUGAUAGAGAUUUAUUUUCCACUUAAAGACUCAAAGCGAUGUGAGCACAUUUUUUUACUAUGGUAUAUUUUUGCUUUAAAAUUAAAAACAAAAAAAAAAAAAAAAAAAAAAAGGUUUGGCCUUACCACAAAGUUUUAGUGUGUCGUAUAGAUGUUAGCAAAUGCAAAGAGUAUGCGUUAUUCGUGUGUAUCCACAUUGACUGAUGUCGCCUUCAAAAAGCAAUAUUGUGCAGGUAAUAAGUUGUUUGUGACUGUCCAUUGCACAGUUUACCUUCUUCAAAAGCUAACCUUGUUUAUGCACAAGACAAUCAAAUGUAAAUCUACAUCAACACCCGGGUGUAGAUUAAAUUCAUGUAAAUUACUGAGCACAAUGUAAAACAUUAAAAGACACUUUAUUUAAUUACA